AUGAAAGCUACGAUCGAUUUGCCGUUCCCCACCAACGAUGGUAUCUACGUCGAGGCUAUCCACACUGAUGGUGGUUACACCAUUGGAGGUCUUGGUAUCGGCACCAACGUCGCUGAUGCUGACUUCUACCCCAACGGUGGUAUCUCCCAGCCUGGCUGCCUCACCAACUUCUGCAACCACAACCGUGCCUGGCAAUUCUUUGCUGCUACCGUUACCUACAACCAUUUAGUUGGUAAAUUGUGCAGCAAUCAAAUUCAGUUGUCAUUGAACACGUGUCGUGGUGCAGAACUCCACAUGGGCAAUGACAUCUUAACGAAAUCUGGAUCUGGAAUGUACCGAGUGAACACCUCAAGGCGUUAUCCUUACUAGUCAAAAUCUUAAACAGCUGAUAAAUAAAUUAUUUAUUAGGCCA